GUUUUACUUAACCGUUGGUUUCCACCAGGUAGGAGCUCCAGCUGCGAGAAGCAGAGAAGCGGGAAGCAAACUCCUCGAAAAUGGGCUUAGCAGCAAAUCUCUGAGUGGAGUCAUUUCCUGGUGCAAACCAUACAAAGAACACGGUGAAAGUUCUAGCCAGGAAAGGAAACAUUGGCUUAAACCCUAAGGUUGCCUAGCAUUUCUUCUCUUUGGUAGCACCACAUCACAGAAGAAAAAUGUACGGGAGUGCAAGAACAAUCACCAAUCUGGAAGGUAGCCCUUCCAGAUCACCACGUUUGCCAAGGUCACCUCGUUUGGGCCACCGAAGAACAAGUAGCGGGGGAGGGGGAGGAACAGGCAAGACUCUGUCCAUGGAGAAUAUCCAGUCCCUUAAUGCAGCCUACGCCACGUCUGGACCCAUGUACUUGAGUGACCACGAAGGGGUGGCAUCAACGACUUACCCGAAGGGGACAAUGACCCUGGGCAGGGCCACCAAUCGAGCUGUGUACGGAGGCCGGGUCACAGCCAUGGGGAGCAGUCCCAACAUUGCUUCUGCCGGCCUUUCCCACACGGAUGUCCUUUCGUACACAGAUCAACACGGGGGGCUGGGCAGCUCCUCCCACCACCACCACCAGGUGCCGUCCAUGUUGAGGCAGGUGAGGGACAGUACGAUGUUGGACCUCCAGGCCCAGCUCAAAGAACUGCAGAGGGAGAACGACCUGCUACGGAAGGAGCUGGACAUCAAGGACAGCAAACUGGGGUCUUCCAUGAAUAGCAUCAAGACUUUCUGGAGUCCAGAGCUCAAGAAGGAGAGGGUCUUGAGGAAAGAGGAGGCGGCUCGGAUGUCUGUCCUCAAGGAGCAGAUGAGGGUUUCUCAUGAGGAAAACCAGUUGCUGGAUGCCAGGAGAACCAAGCACCUGCAAUUGACCAUCCAGGCCCUUCAGGAUGAGCUGCGGACCCAGAGAGACCUCAACCACCUCCUGCAGCAAGAGAGUGGGAACAGAGGAGCCGAGCACUUCACCAUCGAGCUGACCGAGGAGAACUUCCGCCGGCUCCAGGCCGAGCACGACAGGCAGGCCAAGGAGCUGUUCCUUCUGCGGAAGACGUUGGAAGAAAUGGAGCUGAGAAUUGAAACACAGAAGCAGACUCUCAAUGCUCGAGAUGAGUCCAUUAAAAAGCUCUUGGAGAUGCUGCAGAGUAAGGGGUUGCCAUCCAAAAGCCUUGAGGAUGACAAUGAGCGCACACGGCGGAUGGCAGAGGCCGAGUCUCAGGUCAGCCACUUGGAAGUGAUUUUAGACCAGAAAGAGAAGGAAAACAUCCACCUGAGAGAGGAAUUGCACCGAAGAAGCCAACUUCAGCCGGAGCCAGCCAAGACGAAGGCUCUCCAGACUGUCAUCGAAAUGAAGGACACAAAAAUUGCUUCAUUGGAGCGGAACAUCCGGGACCUUGAGGAUGAGAUCCAGAUGUUGAAAGCCAAUGGUGUGCUCAACACGGAAGACCGCGAGGAGGAGAUCAAACAAAUUGAGGUGUACAAAAGCCACUCCAAGUUUAUGAAGACCAAGAUUGAUCAGCUGAAGCAGGAACUUUCCAAGAAGGAGUCAGAACUUCUUGCCUUACAAACCAAGCUUGAAACCCUUAGCAAUCAAAAUUCCGAUUGCAAGCAGCACAUUGAAGUGCUCAAAGAGUCACUUACUGCCAAAGAACAGAGGGCUGCCAUUCUUCAGACAGAGGUAGAUGCACUGAGAUUACGGCUGGAAGAGAAAGAAUCUUUCCUCAACAAGAAAACAAAACAGCUGCAAGACCUUGCAGAGGAGAAGGGGACCCUCGCCGGAGAGAUCCGCGAUCUGAAAGACAUGUUAGAAGUAAAGGAAAGGAAAAUCAAUGUUCUUCAGAAGAAAAUUGAGAACUUACAAGAACAACUUAGGGACAAGGACAAACAACUGACCAAUCUGAAAGACAGAGUGAAGUCCCUGCAGACCGAUUCCAGCAACACAGACACCGCGCUGGCCACACUGGAGGAGGCCUUGUCGGAAAAGGAGAGAAUAAUAGAACGCCUGAAAGAGCAGAGGGAGAGAGAUGAUCGGGAAAGGCUGGAAGAGAUCGAGUCCUUCCGAAAGGAGAACAAAGACCUUAAAGAGAAGGUCAAUGCUUUACAGGCUGAACUGACAGAGAAAGAGUCCAGUUUAAUCGACCUCAAAGAGCAUGCAUCUUCAUUAGCGUCUGCAGGACUGAAGAGGGACUCCAAAUUAAAAUCUCUAGAAAUAGCCAUCGAACAAAAGAAGGAGGAAUGUAGCAAAUUGGAAGCACAGUUAAAAAAGCAAGCUGAACAGUUGUUCAAUCAGAUGUACAAUCCAGCGCAUACUAUUGAAGAUGACUCCAGGAUGAACCCUGAGUUUGCAGACCGGUUAAAACAGCUUGACAAGGAAGCGUCUUACUACCGCGACGAGUGUGGCAAGGCGCAAGCAGAAGUGGACAGGCUGCUGGAGAUCCUCAAGGAGGUGGAGAAUGAAAAGAAUGACAAAGACAAGAAGAUUGCCGAACUUGAGAGGCACAUGAAAGAUCAGAAUAAGAAGGUGGCCAACCUCAAGCACAACCAGCAACUGGAGAAGAAGAAAAAUGCCCAGUUAUUAGAAGAAGUCCGCCGGCGAGAAGAUAGCAUGGCUGACAACUCCCAGCACCUGCAGAUAGAGGAGCUGAUGAAUGCCUUGGAGAAGACCCGGCAGGAGCUGGACGCCACCAAGGCACGCCUGGCCUCCACCCAGCAAUCUCUCGCUGAAAAGGAAGCACACCUGGCCAACCUCCGGAUCGAGAGGAGGAAACAGCUGGAGGAGAUCCUGGAGAUGAAACAGGAAGCACUGCUUGCGGCCAUCAGUGAAAAAGAUGCAAACAUUGCCUUGCUGGAAUUGUCCGCCUCCAAAAAGAAAAAGACGCAGGAGGAAGUCAUGGCUCUGAAGCGGGAGAAAGACCGACUGGUGCAUCAGUUAAAGCAGCAGGUGGGGCGUCCUGCACGCAAGACCCAGAAUAGAAUGAAGCUGAUGGCAGACAACUAUGAUGAGGACCAUCAUCAUUACCACCACCACCACCAUCACCACCACCACCGAUCUCCUGGGAGGUCACAGCAUUCCAACCACAGGCCCUCUCCAGACCAGCUGUCAGAAGGGUUGCCUAAAAGGAUAGCUCAGCACCGCAGCAAUGUCCUGAUAAUCUAUGGCAGCGCGGCUCUCUUCAUUGUCCACCAGCCCACAGCGGCAGGUCCAAAAGGAAGGAGAAUUCUUACCUUCACUUUCUUGCCUGAUUCUGUUCACCUCGUUUCUCCAGAUUUGGGUGUAUGGGAAAUAAAGGGUAUGAUGGAGGAGGAAAAUGACAGCCUCUUCACUUUCUACCAGGAUUUGGACCUUUAUAAAGUGACCAUCUCUGCUGAAAGCUGUGUGAUGAACGUUUCAUUUCUGUCGCUUUGCCCUAUGGAUACAGUGGCGCUACACAGGAUUCAGAGUGUGGAUUCAGCUUCUAUUGGACAGCUAGCUCCAUCACCCAUGAUCCUGCUGCUCAGUCUAAGUGGUCCUAACAUGUAGAUUAUCAGACAAUCUAAACUUGCUCAGUGCUGCUGCUGGUGUCCAUGGUGCAUGGAGUAUUUGACAAAGAAAGCAAAAGACCAAAAUCUGAGAGAGCCUUUACCCUCCUCUGUUUCUGUAAUCUGUUGGUCGAGGAACCACAUUUUGAUGGUAUUAUCUGUUGUUACCUCUGGGCCAGGUUGGAAAUGAAAUCAAUUUUUUAAACCACUAAAAACUUGCCAAGAAAUCGCCUUAUGAGAACAUGGUGUGUGUCUCUGACAGUGCAUGGCACAUCUAAAUUGGUCAUUCAUAAUUUUAUUGUCCUGCUCGUGUACCAGAGAGUGAUAAAAGCCUGAGGCACGCGCAUAUAUGCUGCCUAUGCUCCUUGAACCCCAGGGCUGGGGCAGGACCUGGCCUCAGGCUCUUCUCCUUCUCACACAUGCAGGUCUCCAUACGAAGCCGAGACUCCUUCAUUUUCAAGAUCCAAAUGCUGGGCAAGCUCUGGGAGCUUGGGUCUUCUGUAAAUGGAGGGUCAUUUCUCAUUAGGGUUUUUUUGUUGUUGUUAUUGUUAUUGUUUUAUUUUAUUUUGUUUUGGUUUUUUAAGAAAAUGUCUCCGACAUGGAUUCCAAAGCAUUUUCAGCAUCAAACAUGGAAACAUUGAUGAAUGAAGAGCAAUCACAAAUGCUGUAUGUCUGUAAAUAGCAUUAUACAACUUGUCUGUGGAUACAGAGUUCUUAUCUUGAAGCACAUGCCAGGGAAAGAGACCACAUUCCAAGGUCUUUUGAAUACAGUGACAAGGUACUAAGGAGAAUUCAACUCCUGCUGCUUCCUCUGAAGAUUAAAAAUGAUUAGUCAUUACAACUUCAUAAAACCACACAACUGAACCUGGCAAGGGGUGCAGCUCUUGUAUUGACCCAUUUUCUUGUCAAUGGGAGGAACCCUCCCACCUGCAUUCCUAAAGGACAAACAGUGAAUUUAAGCAUGAGUGGCCUUAAUAAAUACAAUUGUCUUUCUUUGCUGCUGUGGAAAGGAUUCUAAGCAGAAGCUGCUGAAAUCUUGCCUUGACUCUAAUCAUCAUUACUUUCCAAACUGUUGGUGCAAUUAACUCUGGGCCUCUCCCAUGAGCCAUAGAGAUGUUUAAAAGCUAACCCCUUAUUUGCUGGGGAAAGGAAACUGUUCCUGCGUUGCACCUUUCAUUCCCGGUGCAUCGGGCGUAACAUAUUAACGCAGGUUUCUUGCUUCGGGCUUCAUUCUUGUCAGCAAAUAGUGAAACUGUGUAAAGCUUACGUGUUACAUAAAUGAUCCAAAUACAUUCAUGUUUAAAAAGUUUGUCCUUUAACUAUCAGAAGGAUCUAGGUCUUUGUUAGAGAAGGGAACAGAGUUCUUUGCAAGUUUAUUUAGUACAUUUUGGCAGAGUGUUGCAAUGAAAACCCAAGCCAAACCCCGGUUCCCAGGUACAGUUUGGGUGUCCUCAGAAAAGUCCUCACAGCCUCCUGCCACCAGGUCCUGACCUGAACUCUGCAACUAAAUACUUGAAAUAUGCAGUAGGAGAAGCAGGAUGGUAAAUGGGGUCCUUGAAGUAGCAAACAGUGGUCAACCAUGUGUAGUUAGCGAUUUCUACAUAUGUGCCAAUUUGGUCACAUCUAAUGUUUGGGGAUCAUUUUUCUUUUGCCCUGCUUUUGUGGGUUGAAAGUAUUAUUGAUCUUAUUUUCAUGCAAGCAUAUCAUUUGGUCCCUGAAAAAUAAAAUUCUAUCUAACGAAAUAUCAUUUCCCAUUUUGUAUAAUAUUCUCUAAAGUUUUGGGGUUAGGAAAAAAAAAUCCCUUUUCACACAUUGAAAAUAGUGUCUGGGUUUACAACAAACACUGUGAUGUUCAGAAGAUAUUUCCUUUGUGCAAACUCUAGCAGGUUCCCUUCUAAUCAUAGUGUAGUUGAAAUUAAACAAAAAGUUUGGGCUGACAGUUAGGAGAAAGUGGUCUACGUCUUACUGUGUGCAAAAGCAGGCUUGUAUUUAUACCCCCUUUGAUUUCUAUAUACAGUCUCAAUUUUGUAGCUAAUGAUUUGUGUAUUGAGUAUGCACGUUAAGAGCGUGCCGACUUUCGUUUGAAAGUGGGUUUUACUUCUUAAACAGUGUUUUUGAUGAGACCUCAAGUGUGUUGACCUAAGCUCUAGCCACAGUGUUUUUGUGUAGAGUGCCGUUUGAAUGCUGCCAGGGGUCCAUGUGUCUAAUUCCCUGAGACCCUUGCUUGAUAGUGCUUCUUGUAAUAUUUCUUCAAGUGAGUGGCAUGUGGGUUGUGAUAUUGAUCCAUGUGAUUAUGGACAUCGAUAUGAAAAUAAAUAAAUAAAUAAAUAAAAUUAAGGAACCCUUGAAACUACCAAUGGGCAUGUAUCAGCCAGUCAUUGUAACCUCGUGUCUAGUAGAAAUACCAUGUGCAAGGUAUGUACAGCUCAUAACUUUGUUAUCAUGUGUAUGAGGAGUACUUUGUGCCGAUUGUCUUAUUUAUAUCCAUCAAAUAAACCUUGUUUCUUUCCGAAGUGA